CACUGCACUCCAGCCUGGGCAACACAGUGAGACUUCGUUUCAAAAAAAAAAAGAAAAGAGAAAAGUGAGAGAUUGGAUUGUAAAUGUUGCUUUUGUCCUAAAGGUAAUGACAACUCACAUUUACUGACUGCAUUGUGCCAGACAUGGCUGUAAACAUUUCAAGUUAAUCUUUAUAACCUAUGUGGAUAGGUACCAAUUUUAUUAACCCCUUCUCUAUAGACAAGGAAACAAGCACAGAAUAAGUCAGCAUAUGCAACCAGCGUCCAAGUCCUGGUAGUCAAGGGAGGAGAGUGAUUCAAGAAUGAGGGAAUAAUCAAUGCAGCAAUGAAAAUUGAAGGCCAAGUUUCAUAAGAGCUGAAAAUCCCCAUUGGAUUUGGCACUUGGAUCACUGGUGAGUUGAAGUGCAAUUUUAAUUAAAAGUUGUGUGCAGGCCAGAUUAAGAUGUUUUUAGGAAAGUAUGGGAAGUGAGAAAAGAGUCCAUAUUAGUCUUGAAAGUUUGUAAAGGGAAGCAGAAACUUCGUUGUAUAGGGCAGUGGAGCUCUAGAGUCAGGUUUGGAUUUUAAUUCUGGUUCUGCCAUUUGUGUGUGAUGCUGAGUGAACUGUGCUAAACGUCCAAGGAAACCUGUUUCCUCAUCCAGAAAAUGGGACUAAUACCUACUUUGUAGGGUUGGUGUGAAGAUUAAAUAACGUGUGUGAAGUCCCUGGAAUACAGUAGGUACUGUAUAAAAUGAAAUUAAGGUUGUGGAGGGUGUGUUUUUAAAGGUGAGAAUGUUCCUAGGUUAAAAAGAAGGUACAGAUUAGAGAGGCUGACAAUAAAAAGGGUCUAUACUGAGAAGAAUGGGGUGGUCUGUGGUUUCACAGCUAUUGAAACCCGCUGUGUCUUGUGCUCACUCCACUCUGCAAGUCAGAGACAAGAGAAGUCAGCCCCAGAGUUUCUAUUUGGAGGAGCUUAGAAACAACCUUAGAAAGUGGGUGCUAAGGCAGAUUUCUGUAAGUAUGCCUACCAAGCACACUGCCUCCCUGUCGGGUGUGUGAUUGGGGGUGGACUGGAACGGAACUGAUGAAGAUUGUGGGUACGCUCAAGCCCUUAACAAGCCUCCCUUUUCGCAGAUCCUUACCCGAGGGCUCUCUGGCAACUCCAGAGCCCUCUAGAUUUUCUUCUCACAUGCGUUCUUAACCAUCUCUUUUCUAGGGUUUUCCUCUGCGCAGGUCUUCGCGCGGGACCUCAAAGUGCGUGCCCGCUUCCCUUCCCCCAGCACUAAAGAUAAAUCUGGCGGUCCCAGCGCGCGCGCGCGCGGAGCCCGCGGGCCACACCCGCCUCCUAGCAACCGGACGCCAGGCUCAGCCUAGGGAGAGAGGAGGCCACCAUGGACCAGCCAGCCGUCACCACCGCCUCCACCACACUAAGGGAGGACCUGGUGCGUGGAGAAUCGUUCAUCACAGCCUCGAAACCAGCCCGAAAGACUUCCUCUUUUGAAAGAGAAGGAUGGUGGAGAAUAGCAUUAACAAAUACUCCUAUACCUGGCACUUACCACUUGAAAACUUUUAUUGAAGAAUCCCUGUUAAAUCCAGUGAUAGCAACCUACAAUUUUAAAAAUGAAGGAAGGAAAAAACCACCUCUUGUGCAAAGGAACAAUCCAGUCCUAAAUGAUCUUCCGCAGUAUAUGCCUCCUGGCGUCCUGGACCUGUUAAAGAAGCAAGCGGCUACUUACUCAUUCAAAGACAAACCACGGCCAAGCCCCAGCACACUAGUUGACAAAGAUCAGUCACUUCAGCUUUCUCCGGGACAAUACAAUGUGCUUCCUGCACCGGUUCCCAAAUAUGCUUCCAGGAGCUGUGUAUUUCGCUCAACAGUUCAAAGAUUCCCAACAACUUAUUUUAUUCCUCAUGAAGGCCCUGGUCCAGGUGAUUAUAAUGUGAAAAAACCUCCAACAAGCUCUAUCACUUCUUGUUUUCAAUCCAGAGUCCCUCGAUUCUUGCCCAGCCGUUCAAAAACCCCAGGCCCGGGAGCAUAUACAACUUUAAGACAAUUCCCUAAGCAGUCUCCGACCAUAGCCAAAAUGGGCCGAGAACAUAGCCUUUUCUUCAACAACACAAUUGGCUUUUAAAAUAAAGCAAUCUUGGCACCAAGCUCUACUUUGAGGUUUAGCACGUUCUUAUGUUUAGAAAACUGUAUUUUGUCUUUUCCUUGGAGGAGUUUGGCCACAGAACAUGAUUGAUUGCUUGAGGUGACCGUCCUGCUUGCUUAUCUGGGAUAGUCCCAGCAUAAUUACCAGUUCUCUCUCAAAAGUGUCCUGGUCUGAGCGAUAAAUUAUAUGUUCACUGUGCUUAUUACCAAAGAGCAGAUUCAGACAGACUGUGCCCCGGGCUGCUCUCGGACAGGCCCUGAGAUGUCUGGUCUCUGCUCUGUGUGGCCGUGUUCUCUCUAGCUGGAACUCAACUGCAUCAGGGUUAUAAGGCCUCAUGGCCCCUUGAAGACUUCCGUGGGUGUUCAGCAUUAAACAGAGGCCAAGCUGAGCGUCCCAGCAUCCCAAAAGCUGGUUCUUUCUCUCUUCGAACCCCCUGAAAAGAACUAUAUUGAUUCCACAUGAUGAAUAUUUGUGUUUUCAAGUCAACAACAUUUUGAGUAUCUGCUAUGUGCAAGGUGCUGAGCUGGGGUUGGAGAGUGGAGUCUUGAAACAAAGAUGAAUGAGGCAUGUGACUGAGUUUGGGGAGGGUUGUGCCGGAAAUGGAGUGUGGGGUAGUGCCGGUUGGGGGAGGGCCGUACACGUCGUGCCAAGACUUUCCUGCCAGUUGCCCUGUGUUUGAAGCUCAGGGGCUGCCCUCACGCGGAUGGCAAUUCCAACAGGAAGACGAGCUGUAGUUUCAGGAAGCUGCCAAAUCAUUGCACCAGGUGCACAGAGGAGCCAUUGUGACAAGGAAGGCCGCAGGCAUUCAGAGGAAGGAGAAGGCAGUGUGGCCUGAGCCUGGGAGGUGAGGGGUGGCCCGCACGGCGGAGGAUAGAUUGGCCGGCACCCCAGGGCUCAGGAGGCUGUGAUCAGGAGAGGAAAGAGUCAGGGGCGAGGAAGCCUAUCUGGGCAAAGGCUCAGGGCAGGAAUAAACAUUUGCAGGAGGGGAACGGAGGCAGCCUGGACCAAUGACAGUGGAGGGUGCAAGUGAGGGUGUGGGAGGGGAGGAGGGUCCUCAGAAGGCUGGGACCACAUGCUUUCUGCCCAAGGGGCUCUAGCCAGUCGGAUCCUAUGCAUGACAGUGGUGUCUCAGCAAAGGCUAGGGAGAUUCCAGAGUGGUUAAUAAAUAAUUGCAAGGGUCUUUUUAAAAAGCUAAUACAGUGAAGAGCUAAUACAAUGCUUACAUUUUGUUAUAGUUUAGUCAAUAGCCCAGCCCCUCGCCAUUAACUGCUAUGAUGCUGGCUUCUCUAGAUCCCUGCUUUGGUUCCCCUGAGAAUCCCUCUGUUCCUCCCACACACACAUUACCCGCCUUCCACAACUGCCCUCUGAAUUGGGCUCCAACCAAAGGGAAUGUCUCUUCUUGGCUGCAGCAAAGCCCUAGACUUAGAGACCUUUGUAAAAUGGUUGUUGAGGGGCGAAAAGGAAGGCCAUCAUCUCCUGGAAUGUGUUCACAUUUGUGGAAUAAACGCCCUGCAUUACAUUCCUUUGGAGCAGAAAACAGACACUUGGAAGAUCAGACUGAUGUCUCAGGAUAGUGUCUCUUGUCCCACCUUGAUGAGAAGAUGGCUGCAGGGAAGAUAGUUUCCAAUUUUAUUCUCCAAGUGGGCUAAAGUCCCUUGCAUGAUCAGAAAGUAAUGGCUGGUCAUUCUGAUGGAGGGUGUUUUCUCUACGAAGCAGCAUCUCAGGCAGCAUCUGGCACUCAGAUGCCGUUCUAGAAUGAGAUAGAGGCGGGAGAUGGCCAUGUGUCUCUUAGCCAAGGCUCAGUGAUGGAAAGAUUAGAGAAACCCCUCAAACUAGCAAGGGGAAGAAGGGGGUCAGAUUGUAAGGACUUAGAGGCAUCUCAUCGACAAAAGUGUAAACCAGGGUCUGGCAAGAACCACCUCUCUCUCUCUCUAUGUCUCUCUCACUCUCACUCUGUGUGUGUGUGUGUGUCUGUCUUGCUCUCACUCUCUCAGGCCUC